GGAGGCAUACUAUACAAAUUUAUCGUCCAUUGCAUGCAGCCAUUGCUUCAUAAAACCGCCUGAUGGCUACGGGUAGCACAUGUGCGACAUUGUGGGUGGCCACGUGCACAACAACUUUGUCGACAGGCUCCUUUGCACGGAAGGAGUUCAACUUGUUGCAAUGGCCAAAGACCGGUCACGGGACCAAUGGGACAUAUUUUGGGCCAAGUACCGGUCAUGGGACCAGUGGGACAUCGUUUCCUUCUCAUCUACACAAGGAGGAGGAGGGAGAAGGGGCAAGAUUUGAGCGUAUGGCCAGAAGCACCCAGGCGUCUUCCAGCUACAGUCUGAGAGUUUUGCCACAUGGCAUGUCCCGUCGGGUCCCCUGCAGGCUGAGUCCAGUCCCAGUCCCAGUCCCAGUCCCAGUUCUCUCUCCAGCCUCUGGAGCACGUUUCGUUACGUUGUGCAGAAGGACAGCCUCGCAAGAGGCAAAUCGCGAGUCGGCUGGCCGCCUUGCGGUGCGCACAAUGGCUGUUGCCGGAGGCGAGACAGCUCUCGACAUUGCGGUUUCAUCCGUGCUGGAUGCACUUGUGUUUGACUGCGACGGGGUCAUUCUUGAGUCCGAGGACUUGCACCGACGAGCUUACAAUGCCACAUUUUCCCACUUCGAUGUUCGGUGUCCCUCGGUGGGCCCUGGCGAGGGAACGGACUCGGAGGCGGGAUCAGGACCGGUGGUGGCGUGGACAACAGCAUUCUAUGACGUCUUUCAGAACAAGGUGGGUGGCGGGAAGCCCAAGAUGAGGUGGUACUUCCGUGAGCAUGGAUGGCCUACAAGCACGAUCUUUCCGUCGGGUCCGCAAACGGACGACGAGAAAGUCGCCCUCAUCGACACAUUGCAAGAUUGGAAAACAGCCAAAUACAAGGAUCUGAUAGGAUCAGGGGAAGUGCUGCCCCGACCUGGCAUCCUACAGCUGAUGGACGAAGCGCGAGCGCUCGGGCUAAAAAUAGCAGUUUGCUCAGCUGCAACCAAGAGUUCUGUCAUUUUCUGCUUGGAGAGCCUCUUGGGAAAGGAUCGCUUCGACGGUCUGGACUGCUUCCUGGCCGGUGAUGACGUCGAUAAGAAGAAGCCUGAUCCCAAGAUCUAUAACAUUGCAGCAAAGAUGUUGAAUGUCGCACCCGAUCGCUGUCUCGUGAUCGAGGAUUCUGUAAUUGGCCUUCAGGCAGCGAUGAGCGCAGGUAUGAGAUGCAUCAUCACGCAUACUAGCUCAACAAAAGAUCAGAACUUUGACGGUGCGUCUGCGGUAUUCGAAGACUUGGGUACGGUGACGUUCAGAGAAUUGCUCCCGAUUCUACAGCAAGGCUAGUCAGACUCCUACAGCGCUAAAAUGGU